AAGCGGUCUGGACGGGUGAUGGCUGCCACGCGCGCGGGGUCCCGCACCCGAGAGAUCUUCGCCACGCUGGAGUACGGACCCGCGCCGGAGAGCCACGCAUGCGCGCUGGCCUGGCUGGACACCCAGGAUCGGUGCUUGGGUCACUAUGUAAGUGGAAAGUGGUUAAAGCCGGAAAACAGGAAGUCAGUGCCUUGCCAGGAUCCCAUCACAGGAGAGAACUUGGCCAGUUGCCUCCAGGCACAGGCUGAGGAUGUGGCGGCAGCCGCAGAGGCAGCCAGGGCUGCGUUGGAGAACUGGAGCGGACUCCCCGGAGCCUCUCGGGCCAAGCACCUGACCAGGCUGGCCAAGAUGAUCCAGAAGCACCAGCGGCUGCUGUGGACCCUGGAGUCCCUGGUUACUGGGCGGGCUGUUCGAGAGGUUCGAGACAGGGAUGUCCCGCUGGCCCAGCAGCUGCUCCAGUACCAUGCAAUUCAGGCACACAUCCAGGAGGAGGCGCUGGCAGGCUGGGAACCCAUGGGAGUAAUUGGUCUCAUCUUGCCACCCACAUUCUCCUUCCUGGAGAUGAUGUGGAGAAUUUGCCCCGCCCUGGCUGUGGGCUGCACUGUGGUGGUCCUCGUGCCCCCGGCCUCCCCAACGCCCCUCCUCCUGGCCCAGCUGGCAGGGGAACUGGGCCACUUCCCAGGAAUCCUCAACGUGAUCAGUGGCCCUGCCUCCCUGGGGCCUGUCCUGGCCUCCCAGCCCGGGGUCCAGAAGGUGGCCUUCUGCGGAGCCAUCGAGGAAGGACGUGUCCUUCGGCGGACCCUGGCGGGCGUGGGUCCCGAGCUGGGCCUGGCGCUGGGGACCGAAUCGCUGCUGCUGCUGACGGAGGCGGCAGAUGUGGACUCGGCCGUGGAGGGCGUCGUGGACGCAGCCUGGUCGGACCGCAGCCCGGGGGGCCUCAGGCUUCUCGUCCAGGAGUCGGUGUGGGACGAGGCGAUGAGGCGGCUCCAGGGGGCUGCUGCAUGUGACCUGGCCCAGCGGUAUGUGCGCGAGGCCCAGAGCCAGGGCGCACAGGUGUUCCAGGCUGGCGAUGUGCCCCUAGACAGCCCGUUCUUCCCCCCAACCUUGGUCUCUGACCUGCCCCCCUCCUCCCCGUGUGCCCAGGCAGAGGUACCAUGGCCUCUGGUCUUGGCCUCCCCAUUUCGCACGGCCAAGGAGGCACUGGCCGUGGCCAACGGGACGCCCCGAGGAGGCAGUGCCAGUGUGUGGAGCGAGAGGCUGGGGCAGGCCCUGGAGCUGGGCUACGGGCUCCGGGUGGGCACAGUCUGGAUCAACGCCCACGGCCUUCGAGACCCUGCGGUGCCCACGGGCGGCUGCAAGGAGAGUGGGUCUUCCUGGCACGGGGGCUUAGAUGGUCUGUAUGAGUACCUGCGGCCCGCGGGGACCCCUGCCCGGCUGCCCUACCUUUCUGAGAAUCUGAACUAUGACACCUUUGGCCUUACCGUCCCCUCAGCCCUCCCGGCCGGGCCUGAAACAGGUCCCAGCCCAGCACCCCCCUAUGGGCUCUUCGUGGGGGGCCGUUUCCAGGCGCCUGGGGCCCGGAGCUCCAGGCCCAUCCACGACUCGCAGGGCAAUCUCCAUGGCUACGUGGCCGAGGGCGGAGCCAAGGACAUCCGAGUGGCUGUGGAGGCUGCCCACCAGGCUGCCCCUGGCUGGGUGGGCCAGUCCCCGGGGGCCCGGGCAGCCCUGCUGUUGGCACUGGCAGCCGCCCUGGAGCGCCGGGAGCCCAGCCUGUCCCUGAGGCAGGAGAGCCACAGCCUGCAGGUAGCUGAGCUGAGAGGCCCUGUGCUCCGACUCCGGGAGCCGCUGGGGGUCCUGGCUAUUGUGUGCCCGGACAAGUGGCCCCUGCUUGCCUUUGUGUCCCUGCUGGCCCCUGCCUUGGCCCAUGGCAACAGCGUGGUUUUGGUGCCCAGCGAGACCUGUCCCAUCCCCGCCUUGGAGGUCUGCCAGGAUAUGGCCUCCUUGCUGCCAGCCGGCCUGGUGAACGUGGUGACAGGAGAUCGGGACCACCUGACCCGCUGCCUGGCUUUGCACCAGGACGUCCAGGCCCUGUGGUACUUCGGAUCUGCCCAGGGCUCCCAGUUUGUGGAAUGGGCCUCGGCAGGAAACCUGAAGCCCGUGUGGGUGGACAGGGGCUGCCCCCGGGCCUGGGAUCAGGAGGCGGAAGGAGCAGGCCCUGAGCUAGAGCUUCGGGCAGCACGGACCAAGGCCCUGUGGCUGCCCAUGGGCGACUGACACCUGAGCCCACUCCAUCUUGGACGAAGAAGAGUUGGACCACCAACAGGCUCCAGAUGCCUGGACCUUUCCACUUCCUUUGAUGUCCGUGCCCUCAAAUAAAUUCUGACCAACCUUG